UUCAGUCUAAAGUUGUGCUUUGCGUGCAGCUCAACGGAAAUUUCGAAAAAUAAAAUAUAAAAUGUUCUCUAUGAAAAUCAUUUUUAUUUUCGGCUUGGCCUUGACAGUUGUUUCGGCCGGCAUUCGCGGUGGCAUUAAGGAGCUCUCUGGCGAUGAUCUUAAGGAAGCCGAGGAAACCCUAAACAAUUCACUGACCAAAUUGGCUAGCGGCGAUGGACCCAACUACAAAUUGGGCAAAAUUAUCAAGGCAACGCGCCAAGUUGUUUCGGGCAGCAAAUAUGUCUACGACGUGGAGCUGAUUGAGGACAGCAGCACGAAGAUUUGCAAUGUGGUGAUCUGGUCCCAGCCAUGGCUCGAGAACGGCAUCGAAGUGACCUUUAACUGUCCCGACGGACAAGUUGUCAAGAAGCACAGCGCCUAAGCAACCCACAACCAAACACCUUGAAUAUCAGCUUUACAAUAAAGAAACGAAACAGAAAAAAAUUGAUAUAGAUAUGUAUUGCUCGAUAAUGACGCAAGCGA